UUUAACAGGGCACAGGAAAUUUUCCGCCAAGCCAUGCGUUCGCCCAUUGUUCGUUUAGAAGUUGUUCCGGUGGUUAAUAAAGAUCGCUUCGAGAAGGGUGUGAUCAGUCACCUCUUCAACUCGCAAAACCGUGAUUUGUCCACACGCUGCAAGGACCCCCCACCGCUGAAGGUGAAGCCCAUAGUGCGACCUGUGGAGUCCUCUAUAGGAUGGCACGCCGAGCUGCAGCAGUCAAGCAGCAGUAUAGAGAUUCACUCUUUAGGAUCUUCACUACCCCUCAGCCUCUCCCCCACCCCCAGAGGACAGAGCAGCGAAAGCCCCCUCCUGAAAACAAGUGUGGGGCCAUCACCUCUGCAGAAUCCCUAUAGAAAGAGCGGAAAGAGAAUCAGAAUCGACCUGAAGAAAGGUCCGGAAGGAUUGGGCUUCACAGUUGUGACCAGAGAUUCUUCAGUGCAUGGACCCGGCCCCAUCCUCGUCAAAAACAUCUUACCCAGAGGAGCUGCUGUUAAAGAUGGCCGCCUGCAGUCGGGUGACAGGAUCCUGGAAGUGAACGGUGUGGACAUCACGGGCCGUACUCAGGAGGAACUGGUGGCCAUGUUACGCAGUACUAAGCAGGGUGACAGCGUGUGUCUAGUUGUGGUCAGACAAGAAGACAUGUUCCUGCCACGGGAGCUGAAAGAGGAGCAGGCACGUUUGCUCUGGUCUGAAGACGGGAAGGAGCAGCGGAUGUUUGAGGUCCCUCUCAAUGACUCUGGAUCAGCUGGGUUAGGGGUCAGCCUGAAGGGUAAUAAGUCUCGAGAGACCGGCGAGGACUUGGGCAUCUUCAUCAAGUCCAUCAUCCAUGGAGGAGCAGCUUUUAAGGAUGGACGUCUGCGUGUUAAUGAUCAGCUUAUUGCCGUCAACGGUGAAUCACUCUUGGGGAAGUCUAACCAUGAGGCCAUGGAGACCCUGCGGAGAUCGAUGUCUAUGGAAGGGAAUCUAAGAGGAAUGAUCCAGCUGGUUGUACUCCGUGCUCUGCUAGCACCAAAUCAGGAGUUCCAGGAAACGCGGCGAAUUCUCAAUCGAUCCUUCGAUAGCUGCGUGGGACAGGCGGGGCACCUCGGCCAAUCGGACGGCGGCGUUCAGUCCCCCAUGAUGAUGAACAGCAUCUACGAGAGAUGUGCGGUUUCAAAUGGAGGAUACGGUCACGUGGAAGAGGGGGAUGAUGAAGGGUUGGCUGCUAAUCCGCACAGACAGGACAGCCUGAAGCUCCAGCAGAGUGUGCAUUCAGGUCUUGGUUCAGCUGACGUGUCUGUAAGCGACGGAGGUCAGAAGGGUCGUAUGGAGCAGAAUCAUGUGAAGUCCUCUAAGAGCAUGGAUCUGGGAACCGAAGGGGUCGAGUUGGGACCCACGUUAGGUCUAAAGAAGUCCAGCUCUUUAGAGAGUCUUCAGACUGCCAUGACGGAGGCAAAGAAAAACGAGCUGCUGCCCUUCCACAGGCCCCGCCCUCACAUGGUUAGGGGGCGGGGCUGCAACGAGAGUUUCCGAGCAGCUAUUGACAAAUCUUAUGAUGGGCCGCCAGAGGAUGAUGACGAUGACGGUUCGGACCCGAGCUCUGGACGAGACACUCCAGCCAGCGGCUCCUCCAGACAGGGUGCAGGAGACAACGAGGACAACAAGAAGGACAAGAAGAAGAAGGACAAAGGAAAGAAGAAAGACAAGUUGAAAAGCAAAGGAAAAGAGAAGAAGAAAACAGAGGAGGCCAGUGAUGAACUGGAUAAGAAGACCAAGAAGAAAGGUUUCGGAUUGCUGAGAUUUGGGAAGAAAAAAGAAGAAAAGGGCAAGACGGAGAUGAAAAUGAAUGCACAGAAGCAGACGUCUGAAAUUCUGAGCGAGGACGAGCUGGAGAGGAUGAAGGAGGAGAGGGAAAGAAUCGAAGCCAAGCACCAGGAGCUGAGGGACCGGGAGGUUCAAAAUCGCUUCUGCCCACCUGACGUGGAGGACGAUGAUCUGGACCCGAACUAAGCCCGCAUCAACACCUUCAGGGAGCGCGGGUCACCUUCCCAGCCAAUCUAUGGGAACCGUAGCCCCUCCCCACAGAGACCCCCAGUGUCCCACAGCAGAGAUCCGUCCACAGGGGACCCUCUGGACGGUCUGUAUGCCAAAGUCAACAAGCAGCGAAACGCUCCGCCUCCUGCAGCAGACAACAGCAUGGAGCGUAUCCAGCAGCUGAGACGAGAGUAUCUUCAGGCUCGUAGAGAAGGAGCAGCUCCUGCCUAUGAGGAGGUGGAGGCCCAGCGGAGAGGACCAGAGUACGACCCACACAGAAUGCCGGUGAGACACCCCGACCCCAGACUAGCACCCCGCUACGAGGAUGUAGAGCGACAGUACGCCUCCCUGCCCAGGAGACCACCAGAAGCUAACGAGUAUCCACAGCAACCGUGGGCCCCCGCACACUACCCACAGCCAGGCUACCACCCCAGCUACCCUCGCCCGGUAGACCCCCGGGUUGACUCGGGGUUCUAUCACCCUCCUCCACAGCAGAGGGGUCCGCUUCGGCAGGACGUACCCCCUUCUCCCACCGUUCCUCCCAGAGCUCCUCGGUACGACACCAUGAACCGCGGAGGCUACCGCAACACCAGUCCGGAGCGCUACGCGUACGGAGAGGCGCGGCACUCGGACCCGAGACAGAAAAACCCAAUGACGGCAGCCGUUUAAACGUUUCGUUUCUAUUCGUGUAUACGGUGUUUAUAAAGCGAGCACCACGGUGCCAAUCAUGUGAAAUCAAACCGGUAUUUACAUGUAUUUUGCUGGAUCGGAUUCUCUGUUUGCUGGACAAAGCUACGUCUUACAGAGAGUCAUUAAUACGUUCUCCAGCUCCACUUUCACUAUCAAUUUAAUGUGUGCGUCUGUGUGUCACAUCUUAAGAAUGAAUGCUGUCCUACUCUCUGAGGUUUGGACAAUCGCAGUAUGGCGGUACAGUAGUUAUGUUCAAUAGUUAUGUUAGAACCUGAUCUGUGAUGUCACUCUUUGACUCCAGAUGGCCACCAAUCACUUUGUGACUCUGCAAACGGCAGACUUGAAUGUUAAAUGUCACUUUAUAAGUAAAUAAUCCUAACGCUUCCGUAAUAAUACUUCAAGACGUGUUUUGUUAAAACGGCACAAUGCAACAUUGUGCUCGUAACCGUCCUGUGUGUGACGUUAUGUAAACAGAAAGAUGAAGAGAACGAGCUUGUUUGUCAGGAAGAGGAAAGGAGGGUCCGAAGAACCUCUGACACAGAGGAAGGAUGAGAGAGGGGAAGAUAUUUACCCCCAUCAACCGUGCCCACCUGAAGCCACACCCAGUUGAGCACAAUUAAACAUCCAGGAUGGGCUGUCAGACAUUUUAACCUUAAAAAAUAAAUCGUUUUAGGGAAUCGCACUGUAGGUUUGCGGGAAGGGGUUGCCACUACAGUUUUGUACUCCAGUUUUAGUUAUUAAGAUAUCGAUGUACUUUUUUGAUAGUAUUUCACUCCUGUUUAAAGGGAUCGUUUGACCGAAAAUAAAAAUUGAUGCAUCGUUUACUCGCCCUCAUGUCAUUACAAACCUGUAUGGGUUUCUUUCUUCUGCAGAACACAAAGAAGAUAUUUUGAAGAAUGUCGGUAACCUAACAAUAUUGGCCUCCGUUGACUUCCAUUAUAUGGACACAAAACAUUAUAUGAGACAUUUCUCAAAAUAUCUACUUUUGUGUUCCACAGAAGAAAGAGUCGUACAGGUUUUGAAUGAGGGUGAAUGACCAAUGACAUAAAUGGUUUUUUUAAGGGUGGACUGUCUCUUUAAUAUUUUUACAUUGUUCGGUACAAAAGACUCUCUCUGCCUUCAGAGUUUAGGUAACAGGAGAAGUAUUAUUGACACUAGUUAUGCAAUUAUCAUGUCAAACACGUAUAUGUAACAUUUACAAAAGAAAAUGAUUUAUGUAGUAUGACUGCAUACAUUAACACUAUGUAUAAACUUUAUAUAACACAUUUUCAAUAAAUAUGCAUUUG